CAAUAAACACCGCAGACAACAGAAAUCGCGUUAACAAGCAGCACGCUUUUACUCUGCGCAAUAAUAGUUAGCCCGGCUACAGAUUCCGGUGAGAAACAAAGAUGUUGCUGGCGGUGUUGAUAGCUAAUUCCGAAGGGAAUAUUCUCGUCGAACGUUUCAAUGGAGUUCCACCAGAGGAGCGAUUACAUUGGAGAUCUUUCUUGGUGAAAUUGGGAGCAGAUAAUCUUAGAGGAGUUAAGAAUGAGGAGCUCCUCGUUGCUAAUCACAAGUCUGUGUAUAUUGUAUACACGGUGCUGGGUGAUGUCAGUAUAUUUGUUGUUGGAAAGGAUGAAUACGACGAACUUGCAUUGGCAGAAGCUAUCUUCGUUAUAACCGCAGCACUGAAGGAUGUGUGUGGAAAACCUCCGACAGAACGCCUUUUUCUCGACAAAUACGGCAAAAUAUGCCUGUGCUUGGAUGAGAUUGUGUGGAAGGGUAUGUUGGAGAAUACUGACAAAGAUAGAAUCAAACGACUCAUACGAUUGAAACCCCCGACUGAGUUCUAAUCGACGGACAUCACUUACAGAUUACGAAGGAGAAGAAUCUUGUUCUGCAACUGUUGUGCAAUUCACUGAAAAUGUUAAUUGCUAAUCGAAAAAAGAAAAAACCACGUUAAUUGCGUUUUUGGCUAUUUUUUCCUGCAGUGUUGUGUGAUUGAAGCUUGUAUCAGUACUAAAGUUUCUUGAGAGAUAAAUAUUGUACUUAUUGCACUAGCCUAUGCUGUAAUUCUUAGGUUACACCCUUCUUUCAGUCCU